AUGAACGCCUACUUCGAGAAACAUCUCAGUCUUCCUAAGGACGAAGCCGCCCGACUCCAAAAAGAAUACUCCCGGCAGUACGGCCAAGCACUCCAAGGCCUGGUGCGUCAUCACCAGAUCGAUCCUCUAGACUACAACGCCCAGGUCGACGACGCUCUUCCGCUGGAGGACUUGAUCAAGCCAGACCCGCUACUACGACAGUUUCUCGAAAACAUCGAUACCUCGAAGGUUAAACUGUGGCUUCUAACGAAUGCAUACAUCAACCAUGCCACGCGUGUUGUUCGGUUACUGGGGGUUGAUGACCUCUUUGAAGGGCUGACUUAUUGUGACUACGGGCAAGUCCCGCUUGUCUGUAAGCCACAUGAGGACAUGUUUCGAAAAGCCAUGAAGGAAGCAGGCGUAUCAGAGGUUGAGAAUUGCUAUUUCAUCGAUGAUUCGUAUAGCAACUGUUCUGGAGCGCAAAAGGCUGGCUGGAUAGCUAUCCAUUACUUAGAAAAGGGCUUAUCAGAGCCAUCUGAACCUGCUGGGCAGUAUUGUAUUCGGAAUUUGGAACAACUGGGAGAUGUGUUGCCGCAGUUCUUCAAGGCGCUCAAUUGA